AUGACCCCGCCCAAAGCCCCAAUGACCCGCGCCCAAAGCCCCAAUGAACCCCCGCCCCAAACCCGCCCAAUGACCCGCCCAAUGACCCCGCCCCAAAGCCCCAAUGACCCCGCCCGCCAUGACCCGCCCCAAAGCCCCAAUGACCCCGCCCAAAGCCCCAAUGACCCCGCCUCAAAGCCCCAACGACCCCGCCCAAAGCCCCAAUGCCCCGACCCGCCGCCAAAGCCCCAAUGCCCGCCCCCCAAAAGCCCCAAUGACGCCCCGCCCCAAAUGACCCCGCCCAAAGCCCCAAUGACCCCGCCCCCCCCAAUGAGCCCCAAAGCCCCAAUGACCCCGCCAAUGCCCGCCCAUUUCAUAUCUUGA